AUGCACGCCUCGACACUCCUGCCCGCCAAGGCGUGGUGGUGCGUCGCGUCCCAAGAAGGUCCAUGCACGCAUGGACACUCAUGCCUGCCAACGGGUGGUGCUCUGCGAGUGAGGAACCGCCUUCUGAGCCGUCUCAGAAUCAUUCUCACCAACGCAUCAUGUAACGACCCGACUGCUGUGGCGGCUCAUAAUCUGCCCUACGGACGCCCCAACACUCGUGCCUGCCACGGGUGGUGCCUGAAAGGGAGGGGCUGUGCGAGGGAGGAUCCGCCUUCUGAGCCGUCGCAGGAACGGACGCAUGCUGGCACCAUGUGCCUCCCAGGAAGGUACGGUGCGAGUGAGGAAGGAGGAUCCCCCUUCCGAGCCGUCACGAAUUUUGGCUCACCACGGCCUGGUGCUUCUCAGAGCGGUGCUGUGGGGAUCCGUGCUUUUCAGGCCUGGUUCUUUUCAGAGAGGAGAGGUGCGAGUGAGGAGUCGUCUCACAAACUGGCACACCAUGGCAGCAUGACUGAGAGGCGUGGAAUGGGCGUCCCAUGGACAGGAAGUGUUGCUCCCAGGGGUGGUGCGUGCAAUGGGGUGGGAGGAGCAAGGCAGCACAGCAACCGACUGAGUUCUCAGCACGGCACCAAGCGUGUUCUGCACUGCAUUGGAAGGGUGUCUCUCUCAGAGGUCCAUGUCACAGAGUCUCUGCAGCAGCAAUCGCUGCAGAGGCAACAAUGGCCACUGCAGGGGGAGCAUGUGGGGCAUGAGCCGCAUCAGGGUGUGCGGCUGCUGGUGGGGGACCUGGCGGACUACAGGCGCGUGUCAGCGGACGAGAUGCGCAAGAGCGUGUUCGCCAACUACACGGCGUUCAUCGGCACGUCCAAGGAGAUCGCCGAGCUGGAGGUGGAGCUGCAGCAGAUGAAGAACCUGCUCUCCGUGCAAACCGCGCUCAUCCACUCCCUCGCCGCGGAUAGCAUGAGCAAUGAUAAUAGUAAUAGCGCUUCUGGUGGUGGUGGGGGGGGUGGGGGUGGGGGUUCGACGCCUGCGUCGACUACCUCGUCGGUUACCACUGCUGGUACUUCGUCCACCUUCGCUGGUGCUUCGUCCUCGUCAUACGCGUCCUCGUUAGCCACCCCGCAGCAGGACGAGGAGGAGGACGAGCGGCUGUGGAGCGUGGAGGUUCCCGAGCCGACAGAGAUCGAGAAAUACGCGGAGGCGCUCCCGGAUAUACUGGAUAUUCUUAUAGCGGAGCGCAAGGUCGACCGCGCUAUAGAGCUGCUGGAGCAGGGGCAGCAGAUUGUGCAGCUGGCGCUGGCGACGGCAGGGGACGGGGCGGGCGGGGGCGGAGGCGGGGGGAAGGGGGGAGGGGGUGGGGCGGGCGGGGAGGACGAGGAGAUCCUGAGCGCGGACGCGGCGAACGCGCUGGCGGCGGCGAUCGCGGAGAGGCGCGCGUGGCUGAUGGCGCAGCUGGAGGAGACGGCGCAGCAGGCGGCUGUGCGCGGACAGGAGCUGCGCCAGGCCGUGGGCGCGCUGUACCGCCUGGGGGAGACCGAGCGCGCGCACCAGCUGCUGCUGGGCGCGUACGGGGAGCGCAUCAGGAGCGGAUCCCGCCUGCUGCGCCCCCGCGGGACCAGCUUUGGGGGGGCGUACACUGCUGCCCUGGCGCAGGUGAGUGCGUGGGGAGGGGGAGCGUUGGGAGGGGGAGGCCGUGGUGGAGGGGAGGGCCUGGUGUUCUCGGCCAUAUCUCAAGCAGCCACAGACUCGGCGCGCAUAUUCGCAUCGGACCCGGCGUGUGCGGCGGACCUGCUGCUGUGGGCGCAGAGGGAGACGGAGUUCUGUGUGUCGCUGCUCAAGCGCCACGUGCUCUCCUCCGCUGCUGCUGCUGGCGGGCUGCACGCCGCCGCUGAAUGCGUGCGCAUCGCCCUGGGUCACUGCAGGCUGUUAGAGGAGCAGGGUUUGGCCCUCUCCCCAGUGCUCUCCAAGCUGGUCCGCCCCAGUGUGGAAGAAGCCCUCGAGUUCAACAUCAUCCGCAUAGAGGACUCCGUCGCUACAAUGGUGGCCGUCGAUGACUGGGUGUUGCUGCCGCUCCCCCACGGCGCUGCUGCCACGGGCAGGGUGCGCGCGCUGCAGCAGACGCUGGGCCCGGGGUUGAUGCACCUGCGGCUGUCGAGCAGCGGCCAGCGGUUCUAUCUCUUGCUCGUGGACUUAGUGGAGGACAUUCUCCCGGUGAUCAGCCUGCAGCUGUUUGGUCGCAUUCUCGACCGCCUGGCCUCCCUCUUCGAGUCCUACGUCGCCCUGCUGCAAAAGGCCCUCCCCUCGCCCUCCGACGACGAUGACGAGGAGGACGGGGAGAACGCGGGGGAAGGAGGCAAAGACAAGGGCGGGGAGAAGGGCGGGGAGAAGGAGAACGGGGAGGAGCCGUGGCAGGACGGCAGUGUGCGGACAGCAGAGGACGAGCAGCAGCAGCUGGCGCUGCUGGGGAAUGCGUCGGCUCUCGCGGAUGAUCUGCUGCCGCGGCUGGCUCAGCGGCUCACGCUGGCUGCUGGGGAGGAAGGUGGCGGGGGAGGGGGGCGAGGGGGGAGGAAGCAGGGCGGGGCGGAUCCAGACAGGAGGCUGUCUGCUGGCGGACGCAACGCGGCGGAGCACAAGGAGUGGCGGAGGCGGCUACAGAAGGCGGUGGACAAGCUGAGGGACGUGCUGUGCUCGUGCCUGGUGGCGGAGUUCAUGUACGGCCACGACGGCCAGCCCAUCCUCACCGCCCACCAGUACCUCCACAUGGACGCCAAGAUGCGCCCCACCCAGUGGGCGCUCAAACCCCUCCCCUCGCCGCCUUUUCAGGCACUAUACAUGGCGCUGCACUCCAUCCACUCAACAGCCACGUACGUGCUGGGAGGGCGAGACCGCGUGGUGACGCUGCUGCUCAUGCGCCUCGCCGAGUGGCUCAUGAUGGGCCUCAUGGUCUACAGCUCCUUCUGGGACGAGCUGGAGAACGCUGAAUACGCCCUCGGCCCUACAGGCUUGCAGCAGCUGGUGUUUGACAUGUAUUUCGUGAUGCAGGUAGCCAAGGCGGGCAAGUACUCAUCCAGGGCCAUGCGCAAGGUGGCAGAGGACAGCGCUACUAAGGCUAUUGUGCUCUACACUGAUCAGACGGGAGGGGACCCCAACAGUCUCCUACAGGAGGACUGGUGGUACGAGCAUAAGUGUGUGGAGGCAAUAGAAGAACUUGCAGCAGCAGCCAGCCCAGCAGCGUCCCCUACUGAUUCGCCCAGCCGUCACCGCCGCUCCUUCUCCCAAGAAGACCCUGACGACCCACUCGCCGCCGCCCCCUCUGCUGCUGCUCCUGCCGCUGCUAGUCCUGCUGCUCCUGCUGGUGCUGUUGGCACUGGUGCUGCUGGUGGUUCUACAACUGCUGCUGCCUCGUCUCCUACAAUACCGGGUCUGCAGCAGCAGGGGGAUGGGGGGUUGUCCCAACAGCAGCAGGGCUUGGGGAGAGGUGGGUUGGAUGAGGAGAGGAGACCAGCGGCAAAGGGACAGUAUGAUAUGUAUGAUGAUGAUGGGGGGGUUAGGAGUGCGAGACCAGGAGGCAGGGGAGCAGUCCGAAGCCCUACGGGUGAAUCAGCAGGAAGGGGGGCGAGGAGCAGAGGGUUUUCAGAGGAUGAUUAUGGGAGCGGGGGCGGCAGGAGUGAGUAUGCGGGGCGGGAUAGGGGGGAUGGAAGGGAGUAUGGGAGGGAGUAUGGGAGGGGGGACAGUGUGGGGAGCAGGGAGUAUGGGAGGGAGAGGGAUGGUGCAGGGGGGUGGGAGUAUGGGAGGGAUGACGGAGGGAGGGAUUAUAGGGAGAGUGGUGGGAGGGAUUAUGGGAGGGAGAGAGAUGGAUCGUAUAGAGACAGGGAUGUGUCGUAUAGGGAGAGAGAUAGGGAUGGGUAUGGGCGGGAUGAGAGAGGUUAUGCGGGGCGACAGGCACAGAGGCGAGGAGGGUACUGA